AUGUCGUGGCCGACGCAUUGUCUAGACGCUUGUUCUAAGUUUGCUUCUUAUGUGAGACAGGAUGGGUUUCUCUUUUAUGAGAACCGCCUUUGUGUGCCUAAUUGUUCUUUGAGGGACUUGUUUGUCAGGGAAGCACAUGGAGGAGGACUUAUGGGACAUUUUGGAGUUGCCAAGACCAUACAGAUCAUGAGAGAUCAUUUCCAUUGGCCACACAUGAUUAGAGAUGUGGAGCGCAUAUGUGCUCGCUGCACCACUUGUAAGUUGGCCAAAUCCAAGGUCCAACCCCACGGUUUGUAUACUCCUCUCCCUAUUCCAUCACAACCUUGGACUGAUGUUUCCAUGGACUUUGUUCUUGGUUUACCCAGAACUAGACAUGGAAAGGAUUCCAUUUUUGAUUGUGGAUAG